GAUCAUUUUUUUUCAUUGCAACCAUUGACUUCUGUUCUUUUCAUUUCUUACUCUUAAGUUUGCCUACCUUUGAUCAGUCUUCUUGUUUUUUUACUUCAAUUUCUUCCAUUCACUUCUUCAAUUCCCAUGGCCACUGCUCAGGUUGUAUCAGCAAAGACAGCCCUCCCUGUAGAGGACACAACUCAUGAGGAACCAAUUAAGGUUCAAGAAGUAGUGACAGAAGUAGCACCAGCUGAGGCAGAGGCUGUUGCAAAGGAGCCAAAGGAGGCAGAGACUGUUGUGGCUUCUGGUGAAGUUCCUGAGGCUGAGGUUGCAGCUGAUGAAACCACCCCAGUUGAGGUUGAGACAAAGGAGGUGAAGGUGGUGGAGGGGGCCAAGGAAGAUGUUGUGGCCAAAGAAGAAGCAGAAGAACCAACAGUAGAGAAGAGUGCUGAGCCAGAACUUGUGGAGGAGACUAAGGAGAAAUUGAAUAUUGAUGACUCUGUUGAGGCUCCUUCUGCAGAACCAAUUGCUCCGGAGCCGGUAUCGGAACCAGCGGCUGAAGAUCCUAAAGAAGAGGUAGUGGUUAAGGAAGAAGAGAAGCCUAAAGCUGUUGAGGAAGAGAAGCCAGCUGCUGAUGCUGCCGAGGAGAAAGUUGUCAAGGAAGAGCCAGUGGAGUAGGCUGAGUAAAAAGCUUAUAUAUGACAGUUCAAUGUGUCCCAGUGAAUUUAAGUUGUAUUAAUUAGUGGGUAUGUGGGGGUUGCUUGCAUGUGAAGUGAUCGAUGUCUUUAUAAUUUAGUGGUCUAAGAACUUAAAUAAGGAGUGAUAAGGGAAAACAAGGUGUAUGGAACGAGAAAUUAUUGAUUGGUACGGAUACACCAUGUCAGCGAUGUAGUUUCCACUCAAAUGUACCCAUGCUAGCUUGCCAUAUAUAUGGUAGACAUGCAUGUUAGAUCUUAGAUUUUCAUAUAUGCAUUGGGGUUUGGUUGAGUUUCCAAGUUAAAAGCUAA